AUGGUUGCUGAUACUAUUAUUUACCACCCUACCUUAACCAAAUUGGUUAAAUUUUGGGAUUCAACCCCCAAAAGAGAAAAAUCAUUUAGAUUAUUAGCUUACUUGUCACGUUUCUUAUCAUAUUAUGCUUAUAAAAAAGGUUAUCCAAAGGAAACUAUAGAAAUGUUUAAAGGUCUCAAAAACCAUUUUUCAUUCAUUAGAAAAGGUAUGAGGUUUUUCAAGCCAAUUCCUCAUUUACAAACCGCAGCUAAAGCUUAUGAUAAUCAAUUAAUGGAUCCUGUUUUACAAGUAACUACAAUCAUUAGAAACUUGGGUUAUGCUGGAUACUUGGGUAUUGAUUCAGUGGUCUUUGCCAAGAUGUUGGGUCUUGUUGAUGCCAAGAAAUGGCCAAAUUUGUCUACUUAUGCUAGUAGGUUUUGGUUAUUGGGUUUAGUUGCCGGUAUUAUUCAUUCUUUAAGAAUUAUCACUUCAUUAUCGAAUUACAAACGUGAUCCAACUGAUGAAAAAUCAGCCGCUGUUGAUGAAAAAUCGAUUGGUAAGCAAUUGUAUCAAGCCAAGAGAAAAUUGGUUUGGGAUUUGUUGGAUAGUUUUAUUGCUUUGAAUACUUUGAAUUAUUUGCAUUUCACUGAAGGUGAUGUCGGUUUGGCUGGUGUUCUUACUUCUAUUAUGGGGUUGGAAGAUAUGUGGAAAGCCACUACCGUUUAA